ACGACUUCACUGCGAUAACAGCGCCGUAAAUUUCAAAAGAUCGUCGCUGUUUUGUGGAUUUUGUGCCGCUGCUUUUUGUGUUCCCAUUAAAAGCUUUCUAAUUGUAUGUAAAAUAGGCAAUUCCAACAAGACGCUAAGAAGUGAGGUUAGGCGUCAUGUCAGCGGAGUCCGAUAACUUGGAGGCGCUCUCCAACAAUGAGCUCAUGCACAGGAUGACUGAGCUCGGCCUGCCCAAGAUUCCAAUCACUGACACUACGCGCAAGCUCUUGAUAAAGCGCAUCCGGAAUCACGUGAAAGAGGCCAAGACGAAGACUCGCCGGGAAACUGUAGCGGUCGUUCAGUAUUCCUCCGAUGAGGACCUCGCAACGCAACCAUCGCAACAAGUAGCGGCCAAGGCGACGCCCAAGAAGGCAGAGGUGAACAGGAGAGCGACUGUGGCGACGCCGACACGUCGUUCCGGACGCGUGACGCCCACUCCUGUGGUGCCUGCGACCCAGAAGAGCGUUCCAGCUACGUCGAAACUGUCCGUGGCGCCCACAAUUUACGAGAUCAUCGAUGACAGUGACGAUGAUGUUGAUGACAUCCUGACGCAGCGUCCACCGAGGCGCUCAAAGUCUAAAUCUCCGUCGCUGUCCAGGAGCGACGUCGUCACGACAUCCUACAAGCAAGUCAUCGAGUCCGUGAAGGAGUCUCCGGAGGAGGAGGAGCAAGAGGCCGGCGACGAGAUGGAUGUGGACGAGGCGCCGGAGCCCGUAUUCUCACAGUAUCGCUACCGGCCGCCGUCGGCGACUUUCAAGCCCAACAGCACUCUCGAGGCCACGCGCCGCACUCUGGGCGGAUUCUCGAGUGUCAGGUCUCCGGGACUCAGCUACGAGGGCAGGUACUCGACGCUGGGCAGCUCCGGCCGUGCUCGCGAGAGUCAACCGCGCGAGAACUUGGACGCGCCAUACUUGAGCGAAUUCACGCGACGACUCUCUGAGCUGAAAGCGCAGCGCCUGGACACCGGAAGCACUCACUUCAGGAGCGAAUCCUCCGCAACUCGCGCUCAUAAUCCUGAGCAGAGUGUCACCGCGUCACUCGUGGCAGUUUUCAAUGCUCUGGACAAGAAGUUCUCACUCAAGCGCAACUUACUGAUCGUCUCUGCGGUUCUCUUGGUCAUUUUCUUGUUCGUGUUCUUCCUGUACUGACCAUAUUUUGACUAGAAAGAAUGCUGAAAAUAUAUCUUAAAUAAAUCUG